CAUUUCCUUAUGUCGUUUACCACUGCGCCUGCUUCGACUUCUUUAGUCAAGAAUGGACAUAUUCUCGUAAAGGGCCGCCCUUGCAAGAUUGUAGAUGUUUCAAAGUCUAAACCUGGGAAACAUGGCUCCGCUAAGUACACGUUUACGGCUGUGGACAUCUUUACAGGAAGUAAAGUAGAGGAUAUGUGUCAAUCUGGUGUAAUGGUUGAUGUACCUAUAAUCAAGCGUAGCGAGUAUCAGCUCUUAAAUGUGGAGGAGGAUGGCUAUACUUCUCUUUGUGACAAUAAGACGGGCGCCGUCAAGGAGGAUUUGAGAAUCACUAACGACGAAUUACGUCAGAGAGUGAUAGAGCGCUUUAAUAAGGGGGACAACUUGACUGUUACUGUCUUAAAAGCAAUGGAGGAAGAAGCCAUUAUUGACUGCAAGACAACGCCAGAGGACAAAUAGAGCCUUCUUGUAUUUGUAAAAAGAUUUUAUAACA